CACAGAGAGAGAGAGAGAGAGAGAGAGAGAUCAGAGGAUACUCCAGAUCGGUGAUCAGCUCGACUUGUAGCGUUGUGAGAGAAUGUGACGGGAAGAGCUGCAAAACAAGGAUUUUUCCCGCUUCGCCUGACUUCGGCUGGACGGAUCUCGCAGGGUUUGCUGACAUGGGACACAAGCUUCUUCAGCUGAAAACAGGUUCAGCCAUGCCAAUCUGGUCUGUCCACUUUGACCUCCUGAUACUACUGAGCCUGCUGCUGCAGCUGCUCUUGUUGCUCUCGGCGCCCCUGGAAAGCGGCGCCCAGAACGACACGGAGCCCAUCAUCCUGGAGGGGAAGUGCCUGGUGGUGUGUGACUCCACGCCUUCGUCGGAGCCCGCUGGCAGCGCUCUGGGCAUGUCCGUCCGCUCCGGCUCAGGACGGGUGGCCUUCUCGGCCAGCAGGCAGACCAACCACGAGCCGACAGACAUGAGCAACCGCACCAUGAUCAUCUACUUUGAUAAUAUUUUAGUCAACGUAGGCACUCACUUUGACCAAGAGAGCAGCGUCUUCGUCGCUCCGCGGAGAGGGGUUUACAGCUUCAACUUCCACGUCGUGAAGGCCUACAACAGGCAGACUAUUCAGGUCAGCCUGAUGGUGAAUGGCUGGCCGAUGAUUUCAGCGUUUGCGGGAGACCAAGACGUGACCAGAGAAGCGGCGACCAACGCGGGCCUGGUGAUUCUGGAGAAGGGCGACAAGGCCUACCUCAGACUGGAGAGAGGGAACCUGAUGGGAGGCUGGAAAUACUCCACCUUCUCCGGCUUCCUCGUCUUCCCCUUGUGAGACGGGUGGAAAAUGGAAGUGCUGGGUAACAGGAAAGGUGUGAGUGACGGGUGCUACAGCGCUUUGCAAAAGCAGUUACACCUCUUGAACUUCUUGACAUCACGAGUCCGUUGUUCUUUGGAAAACAUCUCAGGCUCGGUUAGAUUGGGUGGAGAGCAUCUGCGAACAUCAUUUUCCAAGACAGGCUCACUUUGACUGGGUCAUCGUAACACAGGAUGAGGGCUUUUUU